AUGGCGGUGUUGAAGGUUUUAUUACACUGUCAAGGCUGUAUAGAGAAGAUUCAGAGAGUAACAACAAAAUUCAAAGGUUGUUACUUUAUGUGUUUUGACAUGAGAUAUGGUUUAGGAUUAUAUGGUAGAAAUCAUGCAUUGAAAGGUAGGGGUGAGAAGCUGAGUGAUGAAGCAAUUAAGGAGAUACUUGAGAAGCCAAGGUCACAAAAGAUCUAUUCUGAAGAGUUAAAGCAGAUAAGGUUGAACGAUGUUGUACAGGAAGAUCAAAAGAUGGCUACACGGAUGACGAAUACAAUGUCCAACUCGCUGAAAGGGAGGCCUGAUUCAAUUCAUUGUGGCUCUAUGCUUUUUGCUGCUGUAGUUGGGAGAAAUCUAGCAAUUUGGAUGUGGGUAGUUGUUAGCCUAAGCAUACUGGAAAAUAAUAAGUGUUAUCUCCUGGACUGUGGUGCUGAAAUAUUUGUUUGGGUUGGAAGAGUGACGCAAGUAGAGGAGCGAAAAGCAACAAUUCAAGUAGCUGAGGAAGCAGGUGGAUGGGGAUGGUCAACCGUUGUUGCAGCAGCAGCAGCAGCAACAGCAAUAGAUGGUUCCAUUAAAACAUUAAAAGAUACUUACAUGCAGAGCAGAGCUGAAGCUCUUCAAAAUGUUGAAUCUACCAUUCAUGAAUUGAGCAAUAUCUUCAACCAGCUGGCAAUUCUGGUUUCUAAACAAGGAGAGAUUGCUAUUAGGUUUUCCCUUAUGCACCUAUUUCAGAAUUGCUGA